AUGUCUAAACCAGUCCUAAGUGAUCGAUUAGCGAGGUGUUACCUCCAGUUUCAACAAUUUGAAAUUGUGUAUGUUCCUCAAAAGGCAGUAAAAGGACAAGCAUUAGCAGACUUCCUAGCUGACCAUCCGAUUCUAGAUGAUUGGGAGUUAUCUGAUGAAUUUCCUGAUGAAGAUGCAAUGGUCAUAGAAAUUCAGCCUCCUUGGAAGAUGUAUUUUGAUGGCGCUGCACAUCGUGAAGGAGCUGGCACUGGAAUAGUGUUUAUCACUUCUCAAGGAGAAGUUUUGCCCUAUUCUUUCACUCUGACACAACGGUGCUCUAAUAAUUUUGCUGAAUAUCAAACACUCAUACUUGGGCUUGAAAUGGCUGUGGAUAUCAAACAAUUGCAAUUACAAUUUUUUGGAGAUUCCAAGUUAGUGAUCAAUCAGAUUUUGGGUAGCUAUGAGGUCAAGAAGCCAGAGUUGGUGCCAUAUCACAAAUAUGCUCAAAGAUUGGUAAGUUGGCUUGGAGAGGUAACUAUUCAACACGUGCUGAGAAAGGAAAAUAAGAGAGUUGAUGCAUUAGCAGCCUUAGCUUCUACAUUAUCUUUGCCUAAUCAGACACAAGUCGCCGUUUGCCAAAGAUGGGUAGUCCCUCCACCAAAUGACUAUGAGGAAGAAGAAAGCGAAGUUGAGCAUAUUGCUUCUGCUCUUGAGGUUGAAAUUAAAGACUGGCGACAACCAUUAAUAGAUUAUCUUUGUUACGGUAUAUUGCCGGAAAAUCCUUGA